AGAGAACCACUACAAAAAAGAUCAAAAAAGGUUGUGUUUCAGAUGGUUUAGCCAAUGGCUGUUUGCAAGUCGAAGAAGAAGCGCGCCCUGCUUUGCCCGUCGGCGGCUCAAGCCUGCUUUGCUGAAGCAUUCUGCGAGGCGGCCGUUUUAUCCGCAUCCGACUCGGCCCCAAUGGCUCGGAAGUUCAUCGUGGGUGGAAACUGGAAAUGCAAUCCCAAGACCUACAAGGAAUGCAACGAGCUCCUAAGAGGAUGGAAGAAGUCCUUACCCAUGGUGGACCGAUCCGCCGUGGAGGUGGUGAUUUGCCCCCCCGCUCUGUGGCUCACCUCCUUCACCGAGACCUUUGAGGGCUUGGGCAUGGGUGUUUGCGCCCAGAACUGCAGCAAGACUGACGCGGGUGCCUUCACCGGCGAGUGGACGGCCGCCAAUCUGGUGGACUUGGGACUUCAGUGGACCUUGCUAGGCCACUCUGAACGCCGGAGCCUCUACGGUGAGACCGACGAGGAUGUGGCGCUAAAGGUGGAGAAAUGCCAAGCCGCUGGGCUCAACGUGAUCCUUUGCAUCGGCGAAAAGCUGGAGGAGCGAGAGGCCGGCAAGACCGAUGAAGUGAACAAGCGGCAACUGGGGGCAUGCCUCCCCAAGAUCAAGGACUGGGACAAGGUGGUCAUCGCCUACGAGCCUGUUUGGGCCAUCGGCACCGGCAAGGUGGCCACACCGGAGCAGGCGGAGGAGACGCAGAAGGCGAUCCGGGCCUACCUGUCUCAGGCCGUGAGUUCCGCCGUGGCCGAGAAGGUGCGAAUCCAAUACGGUGGCAGCGUGAACCCCGAGAAUUGCGCCGAGCUCAUCAAGCAGCCCAACAUCGAUGGCUUCUUGGUGGGUGGCGCCUCUUUGAAGCCCUCCUUCAUGGACAUCGUUAAGACGGUUGGCCCAUCGAAGAUGGUGGACGUGUGGCCAGCCUACGAGAGCAAGAUGGAGAAGGAGGGCUGCAAUCAGGCGGCCAUUGAUGCCUUCAAGUACAACUACGGGGUGCUGGCAUCAGGCGCCGAUGUGAUGCUGCCCGAGUCCAAGUUGGACCCCGUGGAUUCUCUCCCGACCUUCGAGAAGCUCAAGGUGAAGCCCGAUGCCAGGCUCUUGAAGAAGACCUUGAUCUUGAAGCUCAAUGGCGGCUUGGGAACCGGCAUGGGCCUGGAAAAGGCCAAGUCCCUUCUGGAGGUCACUGAGGGCAACACCUUCCUGGACCUCAUCGCCCAGCAGGUGGCUUGGAUGAAGAAGGAGUUCAAGACGGAUCUGAAGUUUAUGCUAAUGAACUCCUUCGCCACAUCUGCUGACACGUUGGAGGCUUUGAAGAAGUACACGGAUCUGGGCACUGGGUCAGACUUGGAGUUCGUGCAAAACAAGGCUCCCAAGGUCACCGCCAGCGAUUUGACGCCCGCCAGCUGGGAGAAGGAUUCCUCCCACGAAUGGUGCCCACCGGGUCACGGCGAUCUGUACCCUGCCAUGCUGGGCAGCGGCACGCUGGACAAGCUGCUGAAGAAGGGCUACAGGUACAUGUUCGUGUCCAACUCGGACAACUUGGGUGCCACCAUGGACUUGAAGAUCCUCACCCACUUCGUGCAGUCGGAGGCACCCUUCAUGAUGGAGGUCGCCGAGCGCACGGAUGCAGACAAGAAGGGUGGUCAUUUAGCUCAGAGCAAGGCCGGUGGCCUGCUGCUGCGUGAGUCCGCGCAGUGCCCCGAAGCCGACGAGAAGGAGUUCCAAAACACCAGCAAGUACAAGUUCUUCAACACCAACAACUUGUGGGUGGACCUUCGAGCCCUGAAGAACCUCUUCCGAAAGUUUGAUGGGGCGCUGCCUUUGCCGGUGAUGAAGAACUCGAAGACAGUGGAUCCUCGGGAUAAGGCCUCCACCAAGGUGCUGCAGCUGGAGACCGCCAUGGGUGCAGCGAUCCAAUGCUUCCCCGGUGCUUCGGCGCUGGUGAUCCCGCGCAGCCGCUUCGCGCCGGUGAAGACCACCAACGAUCUCCUGGCCUUGCGGUCCGAUGCCUACCAGCUCACGGAGGACUUUAGGAUCGUGCUGAAGGAGGAGCGCGAUGGGGUGCCUCCAGAUGUGAAGCUGGAUGGCAUGUACAAGUUUACGGACGCCAUGGAGAAGAUGAUCCCCAACGGUGCUCCCUCGCUGGUGGGCUGCAAGAAGUUGGUGGUGGAAGGAGAGGUGACCUUCGCGAAAGACGUGGUCAUCAAGGGCACUGUAACCAUUAAGAACACCAGCGGCGGCUCGAAAGAGGUGCCCUCCGGCACCUAUGAGGAUACCACCAAGGAGCUCUGAGUCGAGCGCCCGCGCUCGCGCUCGCGUGGGCGGUGCCGCCCCCGUGGCAGCUUUCAAGGUCAGGUCAUCAAUGCCCCAGAGGAGGUGCAGUCAUUCAACAAAUCCAAAACCAAUUGCUGAGCAAAAACGCAUGCGACGCCCACCGGCACAGCGCAUCGUUUCGGUGGGUUUCUUCAGUCAGCAGGGCCAUUUGGUGGGGACCGCGGGCCUUGGC